AUGAAGCUGAGCACAAACGAGCGCGACUUCUUGCUGGGGUCUCUCAAGGCCAACCGGAAAGCAGAUGCCAACACGGGUCAGCGAGCUGAUGGCCGUGGCCUGCUUGAAUUCCGCCGGAUGCAGAUGUCCCUGCGUCGGUGUCUCCAGGAACAUCAAAGCGAAUGCGAGUUUCAGCUUGGUCGAACGCGGGUGCUCGCGGUCGUGUCUGGUGAAGUCGUUGCGCCGUUUCCUGACCGACCCACGGAAGGUUUUCUCCAAUUUCAAGUUGAACUCUCGCCCAUGGGUGCUGCGACUUUUGAGCACAAGCAAGCGCACAAGGCGUGGGCAGCGGAGCUCUCCCGCAUUGUCGAACGCUCCAUCCGCGAUUGCAAGGCUCUGGACACAGAAGCUCUGGCUAUUGUCGCGGGGGAAAGCGUCUGGGCCAUCAAGUGCACUGUCCACAUCUUGGAUCACGGUGGCAACUUGGUGGAUGCUGUUUCGAUCGCGUCCAUUGCCGCUCUCAUGCAUUUCCGUCGACCAGAGAGCUUGGGCAACGACAGCACGUUGAUUCCGCUGAGUUUGCAUCACAUCCCCGUGUCCAUCUCAUUUAGCUUUGUCCAGUUGGACCCGAACGACCAAGACGACCCGGUGACAUUGCUAGACCCCACAGACCGCGAGGAAAAGAUCGUCGACGGAUCAAUCACGUACACUUUCAACUCAUAUCGGGAGUUGUGUGCGGUGCACAAGAUUGGCGGCGUCUCCAUCGACACAGACGUCGUCCUCCGAUGUGCGAACAUUGCCGCUGCCAAGGCGGAAGAGUUGACCGACAUGUUGAAAGAAGAAACCGAAAAGGCCGACCGCGUCGCCAUCGAGCAGCGCCGCGCAUACCUUCGCGGCAAGGAAUUCCAGGACGCGUCAGUGGAUGCGCUCUCUGUCCAUAAGCCAUUGCCACUGGAUGUGUCUGGCCUGGAUAAAGCCAUGGAAGAGAUUGUAGACUUUAAGACGCUGCAUGCCCCGAUUCCUCUGCGAGCCGACCACGCAACGCAAGCGGCGGAUGUGCACCAGCUCAUGCAAACGUUGGAGCAUGCGAGCGAGGGCCUCUCGAUCACCCAAGCGGCGCGAGAACACUUUCAUCAACUCACACAAACGGUGCACGUGACAAAACCAUCAGCUACCGCGACUGCCGAUGUGGACUGCGACGACAGUGACGAGGAAGAAUCUGAAGUCGUGCAUGUCCAGAGCGAGUUCCAAACUGCUUCCCAGGCACCUGCGAAUGACGACGUGGACAUGGGCGAUGGAAGCAGUUCAGACGAGGACGAUUUGGCGGCGGCAAUCAAAAAGUAG